AUGGCCGAGAACAGUUCCGAGGACGUCAAUGACUUUUUGCUGCGCAUCCGGGAGCUGGGUGACAAGCGUGAUCGAGAGGACGAGGAGCGCACGAGGAAGCUAGAGGAGGAGAUACUGCAAGGCCGCAAAGAGAGACAGGCCCGGCGAGCUGAACGAGCUCGGUCGAUUUCGCCCACCAAGGACUCUCCUCUUGCGUCUGUUGCCUUGGAUGUCCAGCGAUCCGCUCACGAAUCAGUCCUCCACCCCCCGCAAGAGCUGAAGCCGUCCGCCGACACCGCCCUGCAGAAUCCUCCGUCGCCCUCCCAGCCUGAAAGCGAGGAACGGGCCACCUCCAGCUUCCCCCAGAAGCAAGCACCGUCUGCUCUCGCCGACUUGGAUACCGACGCUACAGCUGAAGAAGAACCGUCUGACCACGCACAGUCCGCAUUGAGUGAUCCAACCGAGAACAGCGGCGAUGCCAUAAUGCCUACAGAGGACGACACAACAACACCUUCGCGUGCACAGAUCUCGCGCGCGCUUGGGUCAAAGGACCCCUCUUGGUUCCGCCAAACCGCAGAUCGCGAGAAAUCGUCAUUGGCACUUCGGAAGAACGCUGAAGAGAAUGUCCUUCCUGAAAUUCCAUCCGUGGGAAGCAGCUUCAAGUUGCCUGGUCUCAGCCGCAACUCGACACCUGAAACUGACAAGCCCAAUGACACUGCUGGCGAGCGAUCCCGCUCUCCUUCACGAGCAAGUUCGACUGCUGCUACGAGCACCGUUGGCUAUCGUUAUUCCAGCAUAUCGUCUGUCUCCACCAGUGGUUUAGGUUCCCCCGUACCGCUGUCGUCUCGAGGACUGGCAGUGGAUUCCCGUAAACCUGAUCCUCCACCAACCAUGGACGAGCGCACCCCUCUCUCCCCAGGCCGCGGUUCUCCAGAACGGCCUGGUUCGCCGACAAAAGGCCUUGGCGGGUUUGUGCAGAGUGCAAUGAUGAAGAGAUCGGAUAGCAUAUCAAAGCGAUGGAGUGUUCAAGCCCCUGGUACCCUGAGCCGAAGUAACUCGGUCAUCAGCAAUCGUAGCAGCGUCAGUCGCCCUGGCUUUGGCGAUGUGCUUCCAAACCCCGUGGAUACAAGAGCGGGCCGUGGAACGUCCCCUCUUACUCUCUCUAGGCCUGGGUCGAGCCAUAGUGAAGCAACGGUUGUGAAUUAUGCAGGAGGCGAUGAGAAAAAUACGAGUACAAAUACAGUUCAGACUGACAACGGUUUCGUGAGACCAUCCCUGCCUACUCACGCUCGUUCCAACACCAUCUCUUCAGUGGGAUCGACAACAGACGAAACCAGGGGAGGCGACCCAACGACCCCCAGAAGCCCCUCGAAAACAAUGGACCCAAAGCGCUGGAGCCCAACAAAGGCAUCUUGGCUAGAGAGUGCAUUGAAUCGACCUGAAUCCCCGAGAGCAAAGAAUCCGCCUGCCACACAGCAACCCCCGUGGUUGAGAGACCUUUCCAAGGCCCGUCAGUCCCGAGGGAGUGUUGACCUUGGCAAGCCUACCGCUCUGAAGGAGGCUGCCCCGGUUGGUUUGGCGCGUUCUUCUCAACUCCCCGAAAAAGAUCAAACGUCUAGCAUUUCUACUGUUCCCGAGACUACUGUUACUACUGCCCUUGCACCGAAGGAAGCGAAGGAAACGAAAGAAAAUGAACCAGAUGUCAAGAUUGAAGUCCCCAAACCAUCGUCCGAAGACACUCCGGUUGAAUCCCAAUCAGAAGCCGAGAAACCUACAACUGCUUCCGAGCCCAGCCAACAGUCUUCCCCGUCUAUCUCCAAAGUUUCACCGCCUGUUCCAUCCAAUAAACCAAAGCUACCACCUCCCAAUGAUCCUCCCUCGCAGAGCCCAAAGCCAGCACCUGGUGUCAUAGACUUCAGGUCAAAUCUGCGGCGACGUGAGACUUCUCAGGACAAUUCAGCAAAUUCGGAGCCCGAGUUCAAGAAUGUUUUUGGGAAGCUGAGGAAGACGGAGCAAUCGAAAUACAGAGCACCUGAUGUCUUCAAAGACAAUAUCAUGAAGGGAAAGGCCGCGCUCAAUACGACCGGUGGGCCAAAGAAGAGCGACAGGGUCGACGAAUUCAAAGAAAGUAUACUAAAGCGGAAGGAUGAGAUGAAGGCUGGUGGAGGCUCCAUACGUCGACAGAGCGAGGACGACCGCAUUCCCCCAAAACCACGAGAUUCGAUACCCGAGGCGUUGUCAAGGCGGAAUAAUCUCUCUCGAACGGAAAGCAUGAAAAGCAGCAUAUCAUCCAUAUCAUCUCCGGUCAAGAGUCCAGAGGUGGGAAGUCCGUCGAAAGCCGUAACCGAAGCAGCGAGCAUUGUCGAUAUUGCAAAAGACCCGUCUCCCAAAACUGUCGUCCCGACGCCUUCUAUUUCUUCCUCGGAAGAUUCAAAGGACGCCCCAGAGCCACCGAAGAAAUUGUCUGAACCAGAUGUGGUGGUUCAAAAACCAGCACUCCAGCAGGAUGAAGAUAAUGAGUCUGUUCAACCGGUUCGUCCCUCGCAAUCAAAAGUCUUCGUAGGAGCCACAAAGCCAUCUGCGGCGCCUAAAGGGCCUGUUGCUAAGGGAACUAUUGCAGACCGACUAAACCCUGCUCUGGCCAACAUGCUGUCUCGCGGCCCUCCGGGAGGAGAAACGAGUAACUCGCCAUCUUUGAACCAGUCUUCCGUUUCCGCAACGCCGAAAGAACGAGAACCAGGGCCAGCAGCCCCCUUAACGCACAUGACAAAAGGUCGGGCCAAGGGUCCCAAGAGAAGACUCCCUGCUGCUAGCAAAUCUACCCCUGACCAAUCCGUUACCAAAGAAGAUACGCCAACUCCAAAGCAAAGUCCCACAAAGAAGACGGCUACGCUUAAAACCGAGAAAACAGAACAGAAAAAUUCUCAGGACCGCUUCCACUCGUCCCUAGUGAUUACAAAGAAAAUAGAAAAUUUCCCUGCAUUGCCGCAAACACCUGACAAACCGCUUGUUCACCGCCAAAAGCCACUAAUUUCUUCCAAGUCCCCAGAGCUAACAAAGUCUUUGGUUUCUUCUCGUGUCGAGCAUAUUGCUACGCCAAAGGCACAGGACAAGAUCGAGGAGAAGCCAAGUGAGGACAAACUAAGCGCUCCGCUUUCGAAAUCUUAUAGUAGCCCGGAAGUGCCUCCGAAGAGUGGCAUUGUACGCCAAAAAGUUAACAUCGAGAAAUCUCGUUCUCCAGACGAGCGACCAACGCCACCACCUAAAUCUAAAACACUUCCUCUAGCCCCCUCGGCUGGCAACUCGUCCACUUCGCCAUCAUUCGCCUCCAGACUGAAAGAGACUUGGGCCAACUCGGCUGCGUCCCCCCUUCAGACGAAAUUCGGGCUGGGGCUUGGCAGUUCUCUUUUCCCAUCACGGCCAGACUCGCCGCUGGAAAAAACGUCGCCCCAACCUGACAAAUUUUCUGCGUCUCCUCCAGUUCCUUCUAAACAAGGCCUUAAAAUAUCUUCAGAUGUGGGUAACAAGGCAAGAAGACCGUCCCUUACAUCGCCUGUUCCGCAAACUACAGAAUCCGGAAAUGUGAUUUCUCACUUUUUUGGCACGCCUCCCAAAUCAAGCGACAGAGUAGACAUUGACCCGCAGCUAAUUCUAACUUCUGAGAUUGACAACCCCAAGACGAGGACUAUGCGGAAACAGAUCUGGGAAAUCACGGGCGACGGCAAGAAGCAAGACCUACCUGUCAAUCAAGAGUACAUCUUAUUUGAAGGUAGCAUGUAUGUUUGUAUCCACAAUUUUGAAUACGAAGGCGGAAACAGGACUGAAGCAUACCUCUGGCUUGGCGAUGAAGUUUCAGAGGCGGCAAUGGAAGAUGCGCAGCUUUUUGCCCGCCGGGUUGCAAGAGAAAACGGCGCUCGACUGGAGCUGGUCAGGCAAGGCAAAGAACCAGCGACCUUUAUUGAGGCCCUCGGAGGGAUUAUCAUCACUCGACGUGGUUCUAGCUCCCGUUCGAGCUCUUCGGCAUUGUAUAUGCUCUGCGGUCGACGUCACCUGGGUCAAAUUGCAUUCGACGAAGUUGAUCUCUCUCGCCGGAACUUGUGCUCGGGCUUUCCAUUCGUCAUUUCUGCCAAGUUUGGCAAGCUCUAUCUUUGGAAAGGAAAGGGUAGCGGAGCCGACGAAAUUGGCAGUGCUCGGCUUAUCGGAAUGGAUCUUGGACUCACGGGGGAGAUUGAGGAAAUUGUCGAAGGAGAGGAGCCGGCCAGCUUUUUCGAGGUGUUCCCAGAUGGGAAGGUUGCGCAACCACCGUCGUCUACAGGCCACUGGCAUAUGAAGUCCAGGCAUGAAAAGUACCGUAGUCGGCUACUCCGCGUUGAUCACAUCUUGGGCCAGAAGGGCGGAUUCUGGAACCGACGAGGAUCGUCAUCCCCGGUGACCCGGCCGAAUGACACUGUGGAGGAAAUCGAGCCGUUCUGUCAGAAGGACCUUCGCCCGCGUGACAUCUACGUCCUCGAUGUCUUUUUUGAGAUUUAUGUGGUCGUGGGGAGCGAAGCCCAGUCCAGGGCGGCCGAGUUUGCUUCUGCUCUCAUUUUUGCGCAUGAAUACGGAAUCCUGGCGGCCUCGUUGGAAGAUCGACCUUUUAUUCCCAAGAGCUUUGUUGCCAUUGGGGGUAUUCCAGAGCAGUGCAAGGUCGCCUUCCGGAAGUGGGAUUCGAAAAUAUGGCAGUCGACACCGCGCACACUGCCUUUGAACGCGGCAAUCGAGGCUAUUCGGGAAUGA